UCCCCGCCUUACCUUCCUCCGGGCCGGCGCGGUUGGUGGAGAAGGGACCCCCCGUGGGGCGGGUCUCCAGCGUCGCGCUUUUGCAUUGGUGGAGGCGGUGCCGGCGCGCGGGGCGGGGCGCGGCGGCGCGGCCGUGCCAUGUGUGCCGAGCGGUGCCCGGGCGCGGAGGCCGCCUCACAGCGGGGGCAGCCGCCGCCGCCGCACCGCGCCGCACCCUCCUGCUCCCACCCCCGCUCCGCGGGGGAAGCCAGCCCGGGCCAUGUCCUCCGCGCGGGGAUUCCUCUACGGCUACUUCUGCCUUGGCGGCCGGGCGGCCGCCCGCCGCUCCCCGCCUCUCUGCCAGCGCCCGGCGGGGGCUUCCUUAUACGCCCUGCCGGGACUGCCGCUGCUCGGCGGCUUCCGUCGGCGACUCCUCGCCCUCCGCGGGCUGGGCGCUGCCGCCCGCUGCGCGGCUGCAGGGCGGGGGAGGAUGGCGGGGCCCGGGCCGUGGGCGCCGCGGCGGUGGGGCUGCGGCGGGCUGGGGGCGGCGGGCGGCGGGUUCCGGCCGUCGCGCGUGGCGGUGGUGGUGAAGACGACGCGCUACGAGUUCGAGCAGCAGCGGUACCGCUACGCCGGGCUCUCCGAGGAGGACCUCAAGCAGCUGCUUGCGUUGAAGGGAUCUAACUAUGCUGGUCUGCUGGAGCGGCAUCACAUUCAUACAAAAAAUGUGGAGCACGUUGUAGACAGUUUGCGGAACGAGAAGAUAGAAGUUCGUCUUGUUAAACGUCGAGAAUAUAAUGAAGAGACAGUUCGGUGGGCAGAUGCUGUUAUAUCAGCAGGAGGUGAUGGUACAAUGUUGUUGGCAGCCAGUAAGGUCUUUGAUAAAUUUAAACCAGUUAUCGGAGUAAAUACUGAUCCUGAAAGAUCGGAGGGUCACUUAUGCUUGCCUGUGAGAUAUACGCACUCAUUUCCUGAAGCACUACAGAAGCUUUAUCGUGGUGAGUUCAGGUGGCAGUGGCGGCAAAGAAUCCGACUGUAUCUUGAAGGAACUGGUAUUAACCCAGCCCCUGUAGAUUUACAUGAACAGCAGCUAAGCCAAGAGCAACACAGCAGGGCUCACAUAAAUGAAAGAUUCGAGGAUCAAAGAUCUGACAUUUCUGGUCCACAUCUUUUACCAGUGAGAGCACUCAAUGAAGUCUUCAUUGGGGAAUCUCUUUCAUCCAGGAAGAACUUUAAGUCCUGCAAACCCAGUUUUAAAUUCUCGCUUCAUAGGGCCUCCUAUUAUGAGAUAUCAGUUGAUGAUGGUCCUUGGGAAAAACAGAAGAGUUCAGGGCUCAAUGUGUGUACUGGAACAGGAUCAAAAGCAUGGUCCUAUAAUAUUAACAAGGUAGCACAUCAAGCUGUUGAAGAGGUGCUUAAGAUCGCUAAAAAGCAUGGAAGUUUGAAUAUGCCUUUGAACAUGGAACUAGUACAAAAAGUAACAAAUGAUUACAAUGAGUCCUUGAUCUACAGUCCAGAAGAACCAAAAAUGUUUUUCAGUAUUCGAGAACCUAUUGUAAACAGAGUUUUCUCAAGUAGCCGUCAGCGUGGCUUCUCUUCAAAAGUCUGUGUCCGUUCCCGUUGUUGGGAUGCAUGCAUGGUUGUAGAUGGAGGAACAUCUUUCGAAUUCAAUGAUGGCGCGAUAGCUUCAAUAAUGAUUGAUACGGAGGAUGCACUGUGCACUGUUCUGCUGGAAGAAUGAAGGACCCGAAUGUCUUCUGAAACAGUUCUGGAUCCAAAGAGGGAACUCCUGGGGAUAGUCAGCACAUCACAAUGCUGCAUUAAGUUGGAAGUUUUCCUUUUUGGAUGCAAGAGUGUUUGGAGGAAGCUUGAGAUGCUUUUCACUCCUUUGGGUUGGGGAAAUCUUAGCCUGAUAUUUAAGCUCUCUUUGCAUCUUGUGUAAAAGAAAUACAUCUGAAGUCUUUCCUCUAACUUCAGUGAAAACUGACAUUUUAACCUGUAAGGCAAACUUGAAAGAACAUAUUUUUAAACACAAGUAGAUGGGUUCAAAUAUGAAGUCAGUAGCAUUAAAUAUUCAGAUGUACAGUUUUGUAGUAACAGUCUGGGACUGAUGAAACUAAACACCUUCACACGUAUACUUUUGUAGAAAAAUUGACUGUCAAUCUAGUGAUUUGAUGCAAGGGUAUAUAGGUUUUGGUAAAUCCUGAUGUUGAUGUUAUAGAAAUGGAAAUACAAACCUUUUGUAUGCUUUUCAAAAAUUUUACAACUUUGUAGUUUCAUACAACUUGUGAUAAUUUUUUUUUUCUCUUCCAGUAUUUUUUCUACUUUGUAGAUGUACAUAAAAAGUCAAAGCCUGGUAUAAUCACAUCCUGAAUGAGGGAGCUCUUACCUUUUCUCUUUGGUUAGAGAGGGACUUGAAACCCAAGGCUUUUCUGGAGCCCUUUAAUAGUGAUAUACAAACUGUAGGAAACAUGUUGAAGUACAAAAUACUCCUUCACGGAAUGGAUUAGCUGGCUAGCAGGUGUUCAGUCACAGUAGUGUAUGUAGGUGGCUAUCAUUAAGAAAGAUAUUUGGCUUUAUUAAGCAGAAUGGUUUGGAAUUUUAAGUUCUGAGUUUCUUUUUAAUUGAAGAAUGAGAUGUGCUGGAUGCUAGUUGGAGCACAAGUUAAUACCCAUAUUGUUUCCCAGCUUUAAUUGGCAACAAAAUAAUUUUGAUUUUGUGUGACUGACAUAAGUUGAUAAGCAAGUUGAUUACAGGGAAAAAGCUACAACUGUAGAAGAGGAAGUGACUUUUUAGAGAUAAUGUAUUAGAGAAACUGUGAACUAUGACUGCCUUUGAAAGUCUGUGCUGAUAAUUACACAGGUCAGAGGGCAGAAUUUGACAAAAUGAAGAUUCUUACAGCAGGAACUCUUCUGCUACAUGACUUGAAACAAAUGUGUUUUGUCCUGUCUACUACAGGUCUAUUUCCAAAAGUGAGUUUUUCCUCAAACUGCUUUUGAAUUAAGAGACUUCUGUAACAGAUAUUCUCCAGUGUGGCCAAUCAGUGUAUUUAUUGCCAAUCACAAAAUGUAAACUGAUCUUUACAGGUGGAAGAAAUGGAUAAAGGAUUUUUCUCUUCUACAACUUAAGUGUUUGUAUUUGCUUUAUACCAGAAAAUAGGGGAUAUUGAUUUGACUAGACCACUCAAUUCUAGGAAAAUGUGAUUUUCUGAUGGAGCUUUUUGAAUAAGCUAUCACUGUACACAUUUCACCUUUUAAGUGUGCUGCAAAUUGAGUUAUUUACACUAUCUGCUUGAGUUAUCAGGAUUGCAGACCAGAGGGGGAAAUCAAAGUAGCCAUAUACUCUGUCAAAACUUGGUUAAGGUCAGGAACUAUCAGAAGAAAGCUCUUAAUGUCAGAAAAAAAAUCUGUGAAACUGGUCUAAAGGUAAAGAUGUGAAUGACUAAUCUUUUUUAGUAAAUUGGCUGCACAGAGACUAGGGAGUUUUAAUUACUCCUAAUCCAUCUGUAACCAGCUAAGGAUGGUUUAUGUGCCUCUAUCUCAUACACUACUCAAUUUGCUGUUAAGAUUUAAAAAGAAAACCACCACCCACCAAUGGCAUUAACACUAAUCUAUGACUUCCUAGGACUUUACUACUGUGUUAGAGCAGAGGUUUAGGUAUUGGAAGUGUCCUUGAAUACCUGCAUAGACAAAUUUAUAGCAGAACCCCUAUCCUCUACUUAAACACAUUUGUGUGCUGUAAUGUUUGGGAACUGAUGAGUCAGACACCUCUUAAAGGUGCCUGUCAUUCCUUAUAAUGAAUGCUGAGACAAAAAGGAAUGUUUUCAAAGGAUCUACAGACCCAAUGAUCUGAUUUAGGGUUUAGUAAGAGAUGUCACAAUCAAAUUCCUAAUUCAUUUUGCAAAAUGGAAACCUGACCUACUCAUGAGUGGCCUCUACUGGUUUUGUCUAUAUUUAAUUGCACUUCUGUUGAAGCAUUUACUGGUGAAUGCUUGAUUUAAAUAACUAGGAUGAUUCAGAGAUCUAUAGUAGAUAAACAGCUACCUUUUUUUAUUAAAGAAUUGUAGAAUCCUUUUUGUAAUAAAAGUAUCACUAAAGGAUUGCAGUACAGACAACUUACCUGGUAGACAGUAUUCCAUGACAGGACUGAAUAUUGGUUUAAUACUGAUUUCAUGUGCCUGGACUGGCACAUAAUCUCUGCACCUCUUCUACCUGCUGAAUCAAAUCCAUGGUCUUUUCAUUUAGUGCCAGUCCACCCUGUGUUCUGCUAAACUAGACCUGUCAUUCUUUGCUUUUUUAAAAAGUGGUGUUUAUACAUUAUGUAAUAAAAAUUAAAAACUUAAUAGAUGCA